AUGGCGGACGUCGCGGGAUGCUGCAAUCUUCGGUUGCGAGAUAGCAUGGGGGAGCGGCCGCCUUCGGGCGCCACCGAGGUUAGAGAAGCGCCGGCGCCGGUGCCAGCACCCGAGCCAAGCCGGCCGACGGAGGCGGGGCAGGCAGACGCGGCGAUGAAGGCGGGGACGGCGGAAGCGGCGGGCGUGCCGGAAUUGGCAGACGCAGCGGCAGAGCCGGAAACAGCAGGCGUGACGCCCUUGCUGGGACCGGCGGACGCGGCGGCCGAGAGGGCACUGGCAGACGCGGUGGCAAAGGAGGAGGCCCGCGGGGAACCCAGUGCCCAACUGGCGCCCGGCCGGCCUGCCGACCCCCUCCCGAUCGCAAUCGAGAGCGUCCGGGUGGCGGUCGAGCGGCUGGGUGCGGCGGUGGAUGGGGAGGUGGUGCAGCUCGAGGCGGAGCACGCCACGCUGGCCAUGGAGAGGGCGCGGCUUACGACGGCCUGGCGCUCCUUCGAAGCUCGGCUCGUCGCGGCGCGCGCCGCCAACGAGGAAGAGCAAAGCGCCAUGGAUGAGGCCCGCGCGGUGGCCGCGCGGGAGCAGAAGCUCUUGGAGGAUACCCGUGCGGAGAUCGCGCGGGAGCGGGAAAUUUUGGAGAGCGCCCGCGCAGAAGUUGCGCCGGAGCGAGAAGACGCCGCCCGCCUGACUGAGGCGUCGCGGUAG